CCCUCUGUCUACGUGCAUCGACAAUGAAGCACAAGUUUGCCUUUGAUAAUGUCGGCUUUGAGGAAGACACGGGACAUUUGCCCUCUCUUCAUUCUCAAGUGGAUGUUAUUACAGUCAAUAUUUCAGGUAUGACUUGCCAGGCGUGCGUACAAUCCAUAGAGGGAAGAAUUUCCAAGGUAAAAGGUAUUGCGGAUAUCAAGGUUUCUCUCAAGCAAAACAAUGCUGUGAUAAAAUAUUUGGGAGUGGAAAUAAGCCCCUACCAGAUCUGCCAGGAGAUCCAGGACAUGGGAUUUGAUGCCCACACGGUAGACGCGACGCAUUCUUCGAAGCAAUCGACUCACGAAGCUUCUGUUAAGAUCAGGAUAGAAGGCAUGACUUGUCAAUCUUGUGCUAACACCAUCGAGGGAAAGAUUGGGAAACUACACGGCGUGAAGAGGAUCAAAGUGGCCCUCGGCAAACAUGAAGCCGUCAUCGUUUAUCAUCCCUAUGCAAUUAAGCCUGAAGAAUUAAAGAACAGCAUAGACAGCCUGGGAUACAAGAGCACCAUUAAGCACAAGCAAGUCCCAUUAAAACUUGGGGUGUUUGACAUGAACUGUUUGCAGCAGAUGAAUGCGAGAAAGCUGUGUGGGCUCGAUGGUGACAGACAUGCAGCAGAGAACGAUGGAAAUGGCACAUCCUUCGUAGUGUUGGCUGUGGAAGGGAUGCACUGUAAAUCCUGCGUAAACACCAUUGAAAAGUCCAUCUCAGACUUGCCUGGUGUACAUCGUGUUCAAGUGUCUUUGGAACAGAAAAACACUGUUGUGUGGUAUGACCAGAACCUGGUCACCCCGUCCUCACUGCAGCAAGCCAUCCAAGCCCUUCCUCCCGGUCACUUCAAAGUAUCCUUUUCUAGUAGAACGGAGAACCGUAAUGGGGUGCUUCCCUCGCGUGCAGCAUCCUCCUCUUCUCCUCACAAUCUUUCCCAAGGACAGCUGCAAAGCGAAUCCACCACCACUGUGAUUAGCAUUGGUGGAAUGACCUGCAACUCCUGCGUGGAAUCCAUUGAAAGCCUAAUAUCUCAAAGAAAAGGGGUGAUGCAGAUAUCUGUAUCUUUAGCUGAAGGGGCUGGAACUAUAUGCUACGAUUUGGAUCUAACAAACCCUGAAGAACUGAGCGCUGCUAUAGAAGACAUGGGUUUCGAUGCUUCAGUCCUAACAGACACCACCACAGAAAGACUUGCUGCUGGAAGUAUAGAGGCCGGUGAACCAGCUUCUGCUCCCUUGAGAACCAGAGCUGUUUCUGAAUUGCCAUGUGGAGAUGUUGUGCUAGAGAAAGAGAACUUGCGUCGUGAUCAUCCAAAGCCAUCUAGCCCGGGAACCACUGAAAAAUGUUUUCUGCAGAUCACGGGCAUGACGUGCACGUCUUGCGUCUCAAACAUUGAAAAGAACCUGCAAAAAGAAAAUGGCAUAGUUUCCGUGCUUGUUGCCUUGAUGGCAGGGAAAGCCGAGAUAAAAUAUAAGCCAGAGAUUAUUCAACCACUGGAAAUAGCCCAGUUGAUUGAGAAUUUGGGCUUUGAAGCUUCAGUGAUAGAUGAUUACCCUGAUGCAGAUGGCAGUAUAGAUCUUAAGAUCCUAGGCAUGACUUGUGCUUCAUGCGUGCACAACAUCGAAUCCAAACUCUCCAGAACACCUGGGAUCCUUGACGCAUCUGUAGUGCUGGCCACAUGUAAAGCCCGCAUCCGCUUUGACCCCGAGGUCAUUGGUCCUCGAGAUAUUAUAACAAUUAUUGAGGGAAUUGGUUUUCAAGCAUCUUUGGUUAAAAAGGAUCCACGAGAUCACAGCUUAGAUCACAAAGAAGAGAUCCAACAAUGGAGGAAAUCGUUCUUAUGCAGCCUGGUGUUUGGUAUCCCUGUUUUGAUCUUAAUGAUUUACAUGCUAAUACCUGAUGGCCAGCAGCAUGGAUCCUCGGUGCUGGAACAAAACCUAAUUCCUGGAUUAUCUAUUCUAAACCUUCUCUUCUUUGUCCUUUGCACUUUGGUUCAGUUCCUUGGCGGAUGGUACUUCUACGUCCAAGCCUAUAAGUCUUUGAAGCACAGGAUGGCCAAUAUGGACGUCCUCAUAGUGCUGGCCACAACUGUUGCUUAUGCUUACUCCUGUGCUAUUUUACUGGUCGCCAUGGCGGAACAGGCAGAGCAAAGCCCCCUCACCUUUUUUGACACCCCUCCGAUGCUGUUUGUGUUCAUUUCUCUCGGUCGGUGGCUGGAACACAUAGCAAAGAGUAAAACAUCGGAGGCGCUUGCCAAAUUAAUAUCUCUUCAGGCGACAGAAGCCGUUGUAGUGACUCUUGGACCUGACAACUGUGUGAUCAGGGAAGACCAAGUACCUGUCGAGCUGGUUCAGCGAGGAGACAUCGUCAAGGUGGUACCUGGUGGAAAAUUUCCAGUUGAUGGGAAAGUGAUUGAAGGCAGCUCUAUGGCGGAUGAAUCCCUAAUUACUGGGGAAGCCAUGCCAGUCACUAAGAAACCCGGCAGCACUGUAAUUGCAGGCUCUCUCAAUGCCCAUGGCUCAGUGCUUGUCAAUGCGACUCAUGUUGGCUCUGAUACUACCCUGGCCCAGAUUGUGAAACUGGUCGAAGAAGCUCAAAUGUCAAAGGCACCCAUCCAGCAACUGGCUGACAAAUUUAGUGGGUAUUUUGUCCCUUUUAUCAUCAUAAUUUCUACUGCAACUCUGAUAGCAUGGAUUGUGAUUGGAUUUCUACACUUCGAUAUUGUGCUGAAAUACUUUCCUCAAUACAGUAAACACAUUUCAAAAGCAGAAGUCGUCGUGCGGUUUGCCUUCCAGACCUCCAUCACCGUCCUGUGCAUCGCCUGCCCCUGCUCCCUGGGGCUGGCGACCCCAACGGCCGUGAUGGUGAGCACGGGAGUCGCUGCGCAGAAUGGGAUUCUCAUCAAAGGUGGAAAGCCUCUAGAAAUGGCGCACAAGGUCAAUACUGUGAUGUUUGAUAAAACAGGGACGAUCACCCACGGGGUUCCCCAAGUCAUGAGAGUCCUCUUGCUAGGCGAUGCUGCAGCUACGCUAUCUCGGAAGAAGAUCCUUGUUGUUGUUGGCACGGCGGAAGCCAGCAGCGAGCAUCCCUUAGGGGUGGCUGUCACUAGAUACUGCAAAGAGGAGCUCGGCACAGACAUCCUGGGGUAUUGUCAAGACUUCCAGUCAGUUCCUGGCUGUGGAAUAAGCUGCAAAGUCAGCAGCGUCGAAGCCGUGCUGGGCGAGACGGAGCAGCAUUUGGACAGCCUGAGCCCUCCCCUUGGGGACAUUGACAGUAUUCCUGCAGACCAGAGUUCACAGACCCCGGUUUCCAAAGUGGGAGAUGCAGCAGUCCCCCAGAGCUACUCAGUAUUGAUCGGCAAUCGGGAAUGGAUGAGAAGGAACGGCUUGCCUAUCUCCAAUGAUGUCCAUGAAGCCAUGACUGGCCACGAAACGAAAGGACACACAGCUAUAUUGGUGGCUAUAAAUGGAGGAGUGUUUCCUUCUGCAGGUAUGCUUUGCGGCAUGAUUGCCAUAGCGGACUCUGUCAAGCCGGAGGCUGCUCUGGCUAUGCACACCUUACAAAAGAUGGGAGUGGACGUGGUGCUUGUGACCGGGGACAACAGGAAGACUGCCAAAGCUAUCGCAACUCAGGUUGGUAUCCGGAAAGUCUUUGCCGAGGUUCUCCCGUCGCACAAAGUAGCCAAGGUCCAGGAGCUCCAGGUGGCUGGGAAGAAGGUUGCCAUGGUCGGAGACGGGGUGAACGACUCCCCGGCUUUGGCCAGAGCUGAUGUUGGCAUCGCUAUUGGGACAGGCACAGAUGUUGCCAUUGAAGCAGCAGAUGUUGUUCUUAUUCGUAAUUGUUUGAUGGAUGUGGUCGCAAGUAUCCAUCUCUCCAAGAAGACGGUGAAAAGGAUACGAUUAAAUCUAAUUCUAGCUUUAAUAUACAACCUCCUUGGGAUACCCAUAGCAGCAGGAGUAUUUAUGCCAAUUGGAAUUGUGUUACAACCGUGGAUGGGGUCAGCAGCCAUGGCAGCAUCUUCAAUCUCGGUAUUGCUCUCUUCUCUGCAGCUGAAAUGCUACAAGAAGCCAGAUGUGGAAAGAUACGAAGCACAAGCUCAGGGCUCCAUGAAGUCGCUGACCCCUUCCCAGGUCAGUGUCCGUAUUGGAAUGGAUGACAGGAGGCGAGACUUGCCCAGAUCAGAUGCUUGGGAUGAGAUCAGCCAAGUGUCUCUUUCUUCCCUGACCUCCAGUCGAAUGCCAAAGCAUAUGGGGAGCCUUCUAGAGGACGAAGCAGACCAGUGGUCACUGCUCACCAACAAUCAGGAUGAAGACCAGUAUAUUUAA